AUGGAGUUCUACCUGCCCAUUGGCAACCGGCAGCUGUGGACCCUAUUCAUCAAUACCCUCUCACCCCUCCGAUCUGCAUGGCCUAUCCCCAUGCCCCUCCAUGAGUUCACCAACAACAUUCAAUUCCAGCACCACAAUGCCGAGAUGGUCUGGCAGCAGGAACGACGGCUCAUAAAUCAGCAGACGCGUGUGCAAGCCACGAGACGUCGUCUUCCACCAGGUGAGGAGUUUGAUCUGGACCCCCAAAUACCCAACGACCUCAAAUUUGCCAACUAUCAGGUUGCUGUGGUCUUUGACCCGGAGAAUGGAACCGUCGAGGUUCGCGUUCACAGAUCGCUUGAUCGGACUGUUCCAAGGUUCCCUGUCUUUCUCCCCCAGCGCGCGGUACCGUCGACGCCCACGAGACCAUGA